AUGACUACCGCCCAGACUGCGUAUCCGAGCCAGAAUGGCUACGGCGCCACGUACAACUCCACACCACCCCCAGCUAAUCCUCCCGUGCCCGAGACCUCGGCUCCUGCCCCUGCCCCGGAAGCCGCCAAGGCAAAGAUUGACUGGCCUGAUUCUGUGAGGUUUUACGUCCAGCGAUCCUUCAACCCCAGCAACAUGGAUUCCACCGUCUCGCGAGAAGAGAUGGAGAAGAAACUCAAAGAGAUCAUCUCCCAGGCAAAGGAGUCUGGAGUUAUGUACACCAUCGACUGGGACAACAUGCGCCUACCGCAGCAACUCAUCAAGGAUGAGCGGAUCCGAUCUCUGAUGUCCCCGGCUGUGAUGAGCCAGAGCCAGACCCAAGCCUCGUCGAAGCCGUGGGCAAACGGCACCCCGCCGAGCUCCAAGAAGCGCAAGUCGACAGAUAUUUCCGAGGAUUCUUCCUCGACUGGCGCGCCGUGGCGCAAGGGCGGUGCGCUGGAAGGCCGCAUCACAUAUUCGUCACCCGACAAGCGCCAGGCGAUGGAUGAUGCUCUCGCGAAGAGUAAGUUGGAGAAGCGACAACGUCGCUUUGACCGCGAGUACAAGACACCUCGCCGCUCGCCCACCCCGGAACCCUCGACUGGUCCCGUGGUUGGCACCUGCCAGACUCUGGAGAAACGCUACCUCCGGCUGACGGCAGCCCCCAAGCCAUCUCAGGUCCGCCCCGAGUACAUCCUACGCCAGACACUGGAACUUCUUAAGAAGAAGUGGAGGAAGGAGAGCAACUACUCGUAUAUCUGUGACCAGUUCAAGUCGAUGCGCCAGGAUCUCACCGUGCAGCGCAUCAAGAACGAGUUCACCGUCUCGGUCUACGAGAUCCACGCCCGCAUAGCCUUGGAGAAGGGGGACUUGGGUGAGUAUAACCAGUGCCAGACCCAGCUCAAGGCUCUGUACCAGUUGGGUCUGAAGGGAAACCCCUCAGAGUUCAAGGCAUAUCGCAUAUUGUAUUUCAUUCACACUGCCAACCGUGCAGCGUUGAACGACGCUAUCAAGGAUCUAACCACAGCAGAGAAAUCGGAACGCCCUAUCAAGCACGCCUUGGACGUCCGUUCGUCGCUGGCCCUCGGCAACUACCACCGCUUCUUCCAGCUCUAUCUCGACACUCCUAACAUGGGUGCCUACUUGAUGGACAUGUUUGUUGCCCGUGAACGCCUCGCUGCUCUUAGUAAUAUUUGCAAAGCGUACAAACCCGAAGUCCGGUUACGGUUCAUCACCGAGGAACUCGGCUUCGAAUCAGACGCCGAUGCCGCCCAGUUCAUCAUUGACCAGAACGGCGGCCAUCUACUCGAAGAACGCCCCGAGUACAUUGUCUUCCUGACCAGUAAGGCGGGCGCCAUCUUCGAGGCCGCCAAGCAGCAGGCCUUCAGCCGCGUUGAUAUCAAGGGUCAGAUAUGA